CGUCGGCCGAACUGCAUAUUGCGGAUUCACUCCGACGUUGAGCCUUGCCCCACCCCAUACGCUUGAUCGUAUACUGAUAUACCCGCUACAGCUGCUGCACCACCUUCGAUAAUCACUUCCGCCACACAAACGAACUGUCUAACUGCAUACAAAGCGACCGAACCUCGUCAGCCUCGUAUCCGCAACCUCCGCUAUAAGAAAACUCUCGUGAGCCGUCUAAGAAGAAACAGAAAGAACCGCACCUCUUUUUCCCAUUUCGGAAUCCCCACAUCCCCUCGUUCAUCAUGGCUACCGCUCAGGAUCGCAAGGAGAAGCUUGAUAUCUCGCCUGCGGAAUUCGAGAAAAUCCAAGAAUCCCUCAAAAACAAAGAGUUUCGCGACCUGUUCAUGGACUAUGUCAACGAGAUAUCUGACCCUGCUAACCGUGAGCUCUACGAAGCCGAACUAACCCAACUCGAAUCCGAACGGGGCAACAACGUCCGCUUCAUCACCCCCACACCCGGCCACGUCCUCAAAACCCGCUUCCUCACCGGCGCCCCCGCCCCCCCUGCGGGAUCCACAUCCACUGUGGAGAGGACAGAUAAGGUGUUUAUCAACAUGUGCACUUCGAAGGAGAUCCAGCAGGCGUUUGCGGAGCGGAAGGCGAAGGGUGGGGUGAAGGGUGGGAACGGUAAUGGUAAUGGGAAUGGGAGUGGGGGAAAGAAGGGACAGCAUUGGAAGAUUCCGCAUAGUAUUAAUAAGGGGAGGGAGGAUUUUGAUCAUGCCGGAAAAGUAUGCACAGUCUAUGACUGCAUCUUCCACCCCGUCACCUACGCACAGGGCGUCAAGAGCUCGGCUUUCCAGGCGAUGCUGGCCGCGACCGCCAUCGAAGGCGUCGAGCGCGAGUUUGGCGUCAAGUUGGAUCGACGCUACAAAACCCCCCGUAUGUCCUUCAAAGGCCGCCCCAUCUCCACGGUCAUCCGCACCGCCGCCGACGGAGGAGCUGCUGCGUCUACACCUACCGACCAGAAGACAUCACUCCCCUCGCUAGCAGCGUUGACGAAUAUCGCGGGACAGACGCUCGCGCCACCACCUGCGCCGGGAACAGUCCAGGCACCUGCUGCGGAGGCGGCCUCGGAACCGUAUGGCGGGUUAAGGGAGACGGGGAGUACAACGCGGGCUGGGGUUGAGGCGUUGACUACAGCCACCGCGGAGGUAGAUCAGCCAAAAGGGAGCGACGCACAUGAUACCGAAAAGGGACAGCCGUCAGCCAUUACGCCAAGUUACACCAUAACCCACCGCGCAACACGCAACGAUUACCAAACCUACACCACCGAGCGGGUCGUGAGACGGCAUACGGGGCGGCCGGACGCGUUAAUUGUUCGGGUUGGGUUGCCUGGUGUGACAUCCUCUACCCAAAUCCACCUCUCGCCAACCCCCACAACCUUCACCCUCCAAGCCACGGCCUCUGGGCGCCCCGCAAAGCAAUACACACUCAGCGUACCGUUACCGUUCCCGAUCAACCCCGAUAGCGGGACGGCGGUGCUUGACCGUGGGAGGGAGGAGUUGGUGGUUACGUUGGGGGUGCAGGAGAAGGAUGUGGUUGUGCCGGAGGAGGUUGAGGGGUUUGGAGGGGCUGUUGAGGAGGUGGGUGAUGGGGAGGAGAACGAUGAUAUACAUGGGGAGGAGGUUGGAGAUGCUGGGCAGGACGCGAAAACAGCGGAAGGGCUGGGAGAGCCCUCUGACGAAACACACACCAGCGGCCCGACGUCGCGUAUAGAAGCACUGCCAUCCCCCUCCCCUUUGGAGUCGGAGGCCGUACCCGAUGUCGCACCUUCCGACCUCCCUCCCGCCAUCGACCCCAUUCCCAUACCCGCCCUUCUCACCACGCCCGCAGAUCCUCACCCGGACCCCCGCCCGCAGCCCGCACCCACAGACCUCCUCCCAUCCGAAAGCGAGGACGAAUCAGAACCCGACGGCUGGGUCCGCGUUCAACCCUCCACAGACACAAACACCGAUACCAGUGUGGAAAGCGGCGAUGCAGGGACCGAGGGUGGUGGAGACGCAACCAGCAAAGUGGAAGUAGCGGUUGACGAUGACGCCGUGCUGGUGACGUUGACGAAUCGGCUUAUGUUUGAGUUGGAUGAGUGAAUUGGGGUCGCGGUGGGGAGUGAUGGACUAGACUGUUUUGAGACGCAAUGGGAUGUGAUUAGACGCUUUUUGGGGGGUUUGGGGUGUGAAUGUGGAGUCGGCUUUCUUGGGUAUGAGAAGUGGAUGACAUCGUCGAUGAAUGAAACAUGCCAUCUUUGCGCGGACACACAAGCAGCCA